AUGGUUGUCUACCUGGCAGCUGCAAUUCAGGAAGAAUUAUACAGUGGAGCUGAUUGGAUACCUAAGAUGUGCGAAUGUCUACAGAAUGUAUCGGUGACCUUUCCCAUGACUACUUCAGACCUUUCCUUCAGGAAUUGGAGCUAUUCUUCGCUGGCAAGAAAUGUUGAGAGAAAUUUGCGAGUUGACAAUCUUUGCGAGUUGCUGAGGAUCAAGAAUCAAUUCAAACCUGGCGACUGGAGAAUCGUCGAAACUUGGCCAAAACUCGAUAUCACUAUCGAGAGAGUCCUGGAGAAUCACGAAGACAUUUAUGUGGUCCACAGAGAAGGGGAAAGGUUCGAAGGCAGCGAGGACCGGAGAUUUGUCUUCAAACUUGUAUCCGAUGACAUUGAGGACUACGUCAACAAUCCUAGGACUAGUUUUCCGGAGGAUAUGGUCUUGAAGAUAAAGGACGAAGAAGAGCUCAAUAGAGGGGAACACCUCGCGGAUCGUGAUGAACGUCUUGCUCAAACACUCCCCAAAUUCUGCGACACCGUGUGGGUAGCUGAUAAGGAUAACAUAAAUGUCUGGAAAGCGGUCCUGAUGGUUCUGACGGAUAGAAAGCUGUACCUCAUCGAAAGGGUGAGUCCAAUAAAAUUUUUAAUCUAUUAA